CUGAACGGAAAUUACGUUAUCCAAUAUAUUAUGAUUUACUAAAAGCAAAUUAAGAUUUAAAUGAAGUGGAUAGAAGUUUUGAGUAAUCCUUGCGUUACAUGGUUGAACAACUUCAAGACGCGAAAAGGAACGGUUACCACUUCGAUAUAAACAUGUCAAACUUGACGUUUCAGCAUAGAGGUUAUGUUAGGAGUUGAUGUCAUAUCGAUGUGUUGAAUUUAAAUAGUUUCGGGUUUCGUAUAUUCUAAUCAUCAUAAGAGAAACCUGAUUGAAGUAUCUGAUAAUGCUUAAGCCAUGGAACAAUAAAUCUCUUUUACCACCACCAGUUAGCAUGUUUCUAUGUCGAUAUAAAUUUGAUCUGUCGGCAAUAAAACAUGUGGUGAAUAAUAUAAACAAAGUGCUAUCAAAACAGUCGCCACUACACAGGGAGGGCGCUAUUUGUUCAAGAUUUUUAUACAAAUAUGAUAAGAAAUUCCAGAACGAUAUAGGCUACAGAAACUUAAGAAAAGUUAAUACUGCACUAAAGAAAUACUUGUCUCUAAACUUAUUGAAAGAUAUAGAAAACUUUAUAGCAGCAUUGCCUUCUGAAAACGAUGACGAUCUUUAUUUACCCACCAGACAAAUGCUAGAAUAUAUCAUGUUGAGGAUCAUAGCAUUUGCUGAGAUUAUGGUAAGGAUAUGUGUAUGUUCAAAACAAGCUGCAGUAUUUUAUUUAGACAGGGUAAAGAGAGGUGAGAGCCACUGGAUGAGUCUGCUGCCAUAUGCUUUAUUAAGCAGAAUAUGGUCUAUGAGUAUGGUUCUUGUUCAACAUUCUACAACAUGGUACUCAAACCUAUACAUAUAUUUGGACAAAUUGCAAUUAAAAGGAUUGCCUUUUCUACCAGAUAGCUAUGAACUACCUGAGGAUUUAGAACAAUGGUUAGACCUGAAAAAUAUAGAUAAUUUUGGCAGGUUUGAUUGGGCCCAGCGGAAGAACAUUGAUGUUGACAACUCUUUAAUUGAGGAUGAUGAUAAUGACCUUUUAGACAACAUACUUGACUAUGUCAAUAAAAUGAGUAAAGAUGAAACAGUAUCAGAUGAAGAAGAUAAAAUUCAACCACUGUUGGUUAACCCCGUCCCUAGCAUGGACCAAAUUCAAGUGACCGGUUCCACAAAUAUUGAUCAUGGGGUGGCAUUAUCAAGAGAAAGCUUCAAAGUCCUACUUCAAUCAAAUAAAGAAGCACCACCAACACCACCAACACCACCUCCCCAAGAGAAGUAUGUUGAACACACUUAUAAGAAAAUCACUAGCACUGAUGCAUUAAAGGCAUUUAUCGACAGAGAAGAAGACUUUAGAAACCAAUCAAACAGAAGAUCUCUAACAAAACAUCUGAGCUUCAUGCAGUGGCAUUCUCUCAAAAACUCAUUACUCCAACUAUGUGACACUGACAGCAAAAGGAAACUGAACAAAACCUUCUACAAAUUAUGGAAGGAGAAAUGCUUGGAUUAUUUAGAAUUAAAAAAACUUUAAAUAAUAAAAUUUGAGUUUUA